GAGCGCUGUCGGUUCCUGAUCCGGCGGGUGCCCGCUCCAGCCGCUGCAGGUUUGCGAGCUGAGCGGCCGCCCCCACGCCGCGGGCUCCCAGCGCGUGGAGCAAGGGGCGCGGCCCGGGCGCCGCCCACACCCGGGGCUGCGCUAGUCCUCGUGUUGCAGGUCCGGGAAACGCGGGCGGAGAGCGGCGGUGCCCCCGAGCCCCUCUGCUGGCGGCGCGGGCCGGAGGACCCUGCGCGGCGGGAUGGCGGCGGCCUCACGGGCUCGGGGUCGGGCACCGGGGCCAGUGCUGCCGCCGACGCCGCUGCUGCUGCCGCUGCUGCUGGCGCUGCGGGCGCUGCCAGCCUGGGGCGCGACCGCUCGGGAUCCCCGGGCCGCGGCCGGGCUCAGCCUGCACCCGCCUUCCUUCAACCUGGCCGAGGCGGCGAGGAUUUGGGCCACCGCCACCUGCGGGGAACGGGGCCUGGCCGACGGGAGGCCCCGGCCCGAGCUCUACUGCAAGUUGGUCGGGGGCCCCACGGCCCCAGGCAGCGGCCACACCAUCCAGGGCCAGUUCUGUGACUAUUGCAAUUCUGAGGACCCCAGGAAAGCACAUCCUGUCACCAAUGCCAUCGAUGGAUCUGAACGUUGGUGGCAAAGCCCUCCUCUGUCCUCAGGCACACAGUACAACAGAGUCAACCUCACCUUGGAUCUGGGUCAGCUCUUCCAUGUGGCCUAUAUUUUAAUCAAAUUUGCAAAUUCUCCUCGCCCUGAUCUGUGGGUCUUGGAAAGAUCUGUAGACUUUGGAAGCACCUACUCACCAUGGCAAUAUUUUGCUCACUCUAAAGUAGACUGUUUAGAAGAAUUUGGGCGGGAGGCAAAUAUGGCUGUCACCCGAGAUGACGAUGUACUUUGUGUUACUGAAUACUCCCGUAUUGUACCUUUGGAAAAUGGUGAGGUUGUGGUGUCCCUGAUAAACGGUCGUCCAGGUGCCAAAAAUUUUACCUUCUCUCACACCCUGAGGGAGUUUACCAAGGCAACAAAUAUCCGCUUGCGUUUUCUUCGGACUAACACCCUUCUUGGACACCUCAUCUCCAAAGCACAGAGAGAUCCAACUGUCACUCGGCGGUAUUAUUACAGCAUAAAGGACAUCAGCAUUGGUGGGCGGUGUGUUUGCAAUGGCCAUGCUGAAGUGUGCAAUGCAAACAAUCCUGAAAAACUGUUUCGGUGUGAAUGCCAGCAUCACACCUGUGGGGAGACGUGUGAUCGCUGCUGCUCGGGGUACAAUCAGAGGCGCUGGCGGCCCGCUGCGUGGGAGCAGAGCCACGAGUGUGAAGCAUGCAACUGCCAUGGCCAUACUAGCGACUGUUACUAUGAUCCAGAUGUUGAGCAGCAGCGGGCAAGCUUGAAUACCCAGGGCAUCUAUGCUGGUGGAGGGGUCUGCAUUAACUGUCAGCACAACACAGCUGGAGUAAACUGUGAACAGUGUGCUGAGGGCUAUUACCGCCCUUAUGGGGUUCCAGCGGAUGCCCCCGAUGGCUGCAUCCCCUGCAGCUGUGACCCUGAGCAUGCAGAUGGCUGUGAACAGGGCUCAGGCCGCUGUCAUUGCAAGCUGAAUUUCCAUGGAGACAACUGUGAGAAGUGUGCAGUUGGAUACUACAAUUUCCCAUUUUGCUUGAGAAUUCCCAUUUUUCCUAUUUCUACUGCAAGUCCAGAAGAUCCAGUAGCUGAAGAUAUAAAAGGGUGUGACUGUAAUCUGGAGGGCGUUCUCCCUGAAAUAUGUGAUGCCUACGGAAGGUGUCUGUGCCGCCCUGAGGUCAAGGGCCCUCGGUGUGAUGCCUGCCGCUCUGGUUUCCACUCAUUCCCUAUUUGCCAAGCCUGCUGGUGUUCAGCCCUGGGAUCCUACCAGACACCCUGCAGCUCAGUGACUGGACAGUGUGAAUGUCAGCCAGGGGUUACAGGACAGCGAUGUGACAGGUGUCUCUCAGGAGCCUAUGAUUUCCCCCACUGCCAAGGUUCCAGCAGUGCUUGUGACCCAGCUGGUACCGUCAACUCCAAUUUGGAGUAUUGCCAAUGCAAGCUUCAUGUUGAAGGUCCUACUUGCAGCAUCUGCAAAGCAUUGUAUUGGAAUCUGGACAAAGAAAAUCCCAGUGGAUGUUCAGAAUGCCAGUGCCAUCAGGCGGGAACAGUGAGUGGAACUGGAGAGUGUAGGCAGGGAGAUGGUGAGUGUCACUGCAAGUCCCAUGUGGGUGGCGAUUCCUGUGACACCUGUGAAGAUGGAUAUUUUGCUUUGGAAAAGAGCAAUUACUUUGGGUGUCAAGGGUGUCAGUGUGACAUCGGUGGGGCGCUGUCCUCCGUGUGCAGUGGGGCCUCCGGGGUGUGCCAGUGCCGGGAGCAUGUCGUGGGAAAGGCUUGCCAGUGGCCUGAAGACAACUACUAUUUCCCAGAUUUGUAUCAUAUGAAGUAUGAGAUUGAAGAUGGUACCACCCCUAAUGGGAGAGAUCUUCGGUUUGGAUUUGAUCCCCUGGCAUUUCCUGAGUUUAGCUGGAGAGGAUAUACCCAGAUGACCUCAGUACAGAAUGAUGUAAGAAUAACAUUGAAUGUGGGGGAGUCAAAUCACUCCUUGUUUCGCGUUAUUCUGAGAUACGUUAACCCUGGAACCGAAGCAGCAUCUGGUCAUAUAACUAUUUAUCCAUCCUGGGGUGAGGCAAGUGCUGCUCAAAGCAAAGAGAUCACCUUCUUGCCGAGUAAGGAGCCAGCCUUUGUCACCGUCCCCGGAAAUGGUUUUGCAGACCCAUUUUCAAUCACCCCAGGAAUAUGGGUUGCUUGUAUUAAGGCAGAAGGAGUCCUUCUGGAUUACCUGGUACUCCUUCCCAGGGACUACUACGAAGCCUCUGUGCUGCAGCUGCCGGUCACAGAACCAUGUGCCUACUCAGGAUCACCCCAGGAAAAUUGCUUGCUCUACCAGCAUUUGCCAGUCACCAGGUUCCCCUGUACCCUGGCUUGUGAGGCCAGACACUUCCUGCUUGAUGGGGAGCCAAGACCCGUGGCAGUGAGGCAGCCCACACCUGCACACCCCAUCAUGGUGGAACUCAGUGGAAGAGAGGUGGAAUUGCAUCUGCGGCUGCAUGUCCCACAGGUUGGCCGCUACGUGGUUGUGGUCGAGUAUUCCAUGGAGGCAACCCAGCUGUUUGUGGCUGAUGUGAAUGUGAAGAGCCCCGGGUCUGUUCUGGCAGGCCAGGUGAACAUUUACAGCUGCAAAUACAGCGUCCUCUGCCGGAGUGCUGUGAUCGAUCACAUGAGCCGCAUCGCCGUGUAUGAGCUAUUGGCAGAUGCAGACAUUCAGCUCAAAGUGCACAUGGCCCGAUUCCUUCUGCAUCAAGUUUGUAUCAUACCCAUUGAAGAAUUCUCAGCCGAGUAUGUGAGACCGCAAGUCCACUGCAUUGCCAGUUACGGGCGAUUUGUCAAUCAAAGUGCCACCUGUGUCUCUCUGGCCCAUGAAACUCCUCCAACAGCAUUGAUUUUGGAUGUUCUGAGUGGCAGGCCUUUCCCUCGCCUGCCCCAGCAAUCUUUACCUUCUCUUGAUGUUCCUGGGCUCACCUUGAAGGCACUGCAGAAUCAAGUGACCUUGAGGGGACGUGUACCACACCUGGGCCGAUACAUCUUUGUCAUCCAUUUCUACCAAGCAGAGCACCCGACGUUUCCCGCGUGGGUGUCGGUGGAUGGCGGGCGGCCGCGGGCAGGCUCUUUCCGUGCUUCUUUUUGCCCCCAUGUGCUUGGCUGCCGGGAUCAAGUGAUAGCCGAAGGCCAGAUUGAGUUUGACAUCUCAGAGCCUGAAGUAGCCGUGACCGUGAAGGUUCCAGAAGGAAAGUCCUUGGUUUUGAUCCGUGUUCUAGUGAUGCCUACAGAAAACUAUGACUACCAAAUACUUCACAAAAAAUCCAUAGACAAGUCACUCGAGUUUAUCACCAAUUGUGGAAAAAACAGCUUUUACAUUGACCCCCAGACAGCCUCCAGAUUCUGUAAGAAUUCCGCCAGGUCCCUGGUGGCCUUUUACCAUAAAGGCGCCCUGCCUUGUGAGUGCCACCCCGCCGGAGCCACUGGCCCUCACUGUAGCCCCGAAGGUGGGCAGUGCCCAUGCCGGCCCAAUGUCAUCGGGCGGCAGUGCACCCGCUGUGCAACAGGCCACUACGGAUUCCCACGCUGCAGGCCAUGCAGCUGUGGCCGGCAACUUUGUGAAGAGAUGACGGGGCAGUGCCGCUGCCCUCCCCGCACAGUCAGGCCCCAGUGCGAGGUCUGUGAGACACACUCGUUCAGCUUCCACCCCGUGGCCGGCUGCGAAGCCUGCAACUGUUCCAGGAGGGGCACUGUCGAGGCUGCCAUGCUGGAGUGUGACCGGGACAGCGGGCAGUGCAGAUGCAAGCCCAGAAUUACAGGACAGCAGUGUGACCAAUGUGCUUCUGGGUUUUACCACUUCCCUGAGUGUGUUCCCUGCGAUUGCAACAGAGAUGGGACUGAGCCAGGAGUGUGUGACCCAGGGACGGGGGCUUGCCUCUGCAAGGAAAACGUAGAAGGCACAGAGUGUGAUGUGUGUCGAGAAGGAUCAUUCCACUUGGACCCAGCCAAUCUCAAGGGUUGUACCAGCUGUUUCUGUUUUGGAGUAAAUAAUCAAUGUCACAGUUCACAUAAGCGAAGAUCUAAGUUUGUGGAUAUGCUGGGCUGGCGCCUGGAGACGGCAGACAGAGUGGAUAUCCCCGUCUCAUUCAACCCGGGCAGCAACAGCAUGGUGGCGGAUCUCCAGGAGCUGCCCACAACCGUCCGCAGCGCGUCCUGGGUCGCACCCGCCUCCUACCUGGGGGACAAGGUUUCUUCAUAUGGUGGCUACCUCACUUACCAAGCCAAGUCCUUUGGCUUGCCUGGUGACAUGGUUCUUCUGGAAAAGAAGCCAGACGUGCAGCUCACUGGUCAGCACUUGUCCAUCAUCUAUGAAGAUGCAAAUACCCCACGGCCAGACCGGCUGCAUCACGGGCGAGUGCAGGUGGUUGAGGGAAACUUCAGACACGCCAGCAGCCGAGCCCCGGUGUCUAGGGAGGAGCUGAUGACAGUGCUGUCUAGACUGGCAGAUGUGCGCAUCCAAGGCCUCCACUUCACAGAGACGCAGAGGCUCACCCUGGGCGAGGUGGGGCUAGAGGAAGCCUCUGACACAGGAAGCGGACGCAUAGCACAUGCUGUGGAAAUGUGUGCCUGCCCCCCUGCCUAUGCUGGCGACUCAUGUCAGGGUUGUAGCCCUGGAUACUAUCGGGAUCACAAAGGCUUGUAUACUGGACGGUGUGUUCCCUGCAAUUGCAACGGACAUUCAAAUCGGUGCCAGGAUGGCUCAGGCAUAUGUAUUAGCUGUCAGCACAACACCGCGGGCGAGCACUGUGAACGCUGCCAGGAGGGCUACUAUGGCAGUGCCAUCCACGGAUCCUGCAGGGCCUGCCCGUGUCCUCACACCAACAGCUUUGCCACCGGCUGUGUGGUGAAUGGGGGAAACGUGCGGUGCUCCUGCAAAGCUGGGUACACAGGAACACAGUGUGAAAGGUGUGCACCAGGAUACUUUGGGAAUCCCCAGAAAUUUGGAGGCAGCUGCCAACCAUGCAAUUGUAACAGCAAUGGCCAGCUGGGCAGUUGUGAUCCCCUGACUGGAGACUGCAUAAACCAAGAACCCAAAGAUAGCAGCCCUGCAGAAGAAUGUGAUGAUUGCGACAGCUGUGUGAUGACCCUCCUGAACGACCUGGCCACCAUGGGCGAGCAGCUCCGCCUGAUCAAGUCUCAGCUGCAGGGCCUGGGUGUCAGCGCGGGGCUUCUGGAGCAGAUGAGGCACGUGGAGACCCAGGCCAAGGACCUGAGGAAUCAGUUGCACAACUACCGUUCUGCCAUUUCAAAUCAUGGAUCAAAACUAGAAGGCCUGGAAAGAGAACUGAGUGAUUUGAAUCGGGAAUUUGAGACUUUGCAAGAAAAGGCUCAAGUAAAUUCCAGAAAAGCACAAACAUUAUACAACAAUGUUAAUAGGGCAACCCAAAGUGCAAAAGAACUGGAUGUGAAGAUUAAAAACGUCAUCCGGAAUGUACACAUUCUCUUGAAGCAGAUCUCUGGGACAGAUGGAGAGGGAAACAACGUGCCUUCAGGUGACUUUUCCAGAGAGUGGGCUGAAGCCCAACGCAUGAUGACGGAGCUUCGGAACCGGAACUUUGAAAAGCACCUGAGAGAAGCGGAAGCUGAUAGAAGGGAGUCUCAGCUCUUGCUGAACCGGAUAAAGACCUGGCAGAAAAUCCAUCAAAUGGAAAACAGUGGGCUUGCUGACAGUAUACGGGCUUCUUUAAAUGAAUACGAAGCCAGACUCAGUGAUCUUCGUGCUGCGCUGCAGGAGGCAGCUGCCCGAGCCAAGCAGGCAACUGGCUUGAACCAAGAGAACGAGAGAGCUUUGGGAGCCAUCCAGAGACAAAUGAAAGAAAUAAAUUCCCUGCAGAAUGAUUUCACCAAGUAUCUGGCCACUGCAGACUCAUCUUUGUUGCAAACCAACAUUGCACUGCAGCUGAUGGAGAAAAGCCAGAAGGAAUAUGAAAAAUUAGCUGCCAGUUUAAAUGAAGCAAGACAGGAACUAAGUGACAAAGUGGGAGAACUUUCCAGAUCUGCUGGUCAAACAUCCCUUGUGGAGAAGGCAGAAAAGCACGCGCAAUCCUUACAAGAGCUGGCAAAGCAGCUGGAGGAGAUCAAGAGAAACACCAGUGGGGAUGAGCUGGUGCGCUGCGCCGUGGAGGCCGCCACCGCCUAUGAGAACAUCCUCAACGCCAUCAAAGCGGCUGAGGACGCGGCCAAUAGGGCCGCCAGUGCAUCCGAGUCUGCCCUCCAGAUAGUGAUAAAGGAAGAUCUGCCAAGAAGAGCUAAAACCCUGAGUUCCAACAGUGAUAAACUGUUAAACGAAGCCAAGAUAACACAGAAGAAGCUACAGCAAGAAGUUAGUCCAGCUCUCAGCAACCUACAGCAAACCCUGAACGUUGUGACAGCUCAGAAAGAAGUGAUAGACACCAAUCUCACAAGUCUCCGAGAUGGUCUUCAUGGGAUACAGAGAGGUGAUACUGAUGCUAUGAUCAGUAUUGCAAAGAGCAUGGUCAGAAAGGCCAGUGACAUCACAGAUGAGGUUCUGGAUGGGCUCAACCCCAUUCAGACAGAUGUGGAGAGAAUUAAGGACACCUAUGGGAGCACACAGAACGAAGACUUCGAAAAGGCUCUGACUGAUGCAGAUAACUCAGUGAAUAAGUUAACCAACAAACUACCUGAUCUUUGGCGCAAGAUUGAAAGUAUCAACCAACAGCUGUUGCCCUUGGGAAACAUCUCUGACAACAUGGACAGAAUACGAGAACUAAUUCAGCAGGCCAGAGAUGCUGCCAGUAAGGUUGCUGUUCCCAUGAGGUUCAAUGGUAAAUCUGGAGUCGAAGUCCGACUGCCAAAUGACCUGGAAGAUUUAAAAGGAUACACAUCUCUGUCCUUGUUUCUCCAAAGGCCCAACUCAAGAGAAAAUGGGGGUACUGAGAAUAUGUUUGUGAUGUACCUUGGAAAUAAAGAUGCCUCCCAGGACUACAUCGGUAUGGCAGUUAUGAAUGGCCAGCUUACCUGUGUCUACAACUUGGGGAACCGUGAGGCUGAACUCCAAGUGGACCAGAUCUUGACUGAGAGCGAGACUCAGGAGGCAGUUAUGGAUCGGGUGAAAUUUCAGAGAAUUUAUCAGUUUGCAAGGCUGAAUUACACCAAAGGCGCCACAUCCAGUAAACCAGAAGCACCCGGAGUCUAUGACAUGGAUGGUAGAAAUAGUAAUACACUCCUUAAUUUGGAUCCUGAAAAUGUUGUAUUUUAUGUUGGAGGUUACCCACCUGAUUUUAAACUUCCUAGUCGACUAAAUUUCCCUCCAUACAAAGGUUGUAUUGAAUUAGAUGACCUCAAUGAAAAUGUUCUAAGCUUGUACAACUUCAAAAAAACGUUCAAUCUCAACACAACUGAAGUGGAACCUUGUAGAAGGAGGAAGGAAGAGUCAGACAAAAAUUAUUUUGAAGGUACAGGCUAUGCUCGAGUUCCAACUCAACCACAUGCUCCCAUCCCAACCUUUGGACAGACAAUUCAGACCACCGUGGAUAGAGGCUUGCUAUUCUUCGCAGAAAACCAGGAUCACUUCAUAUCUCUAAAUAUAGAAGAUGGAAAGCUCAUGGUGAGAUACAAACUGAAUUCAGAGCCACCAAAAGAAAGAGGAGUUGGAGACAUCAUAAACAACGGGAGAGAUCAUUCGAUUCAGAUCAAAAUUGGAAAACUCCAAAGGCGUAUGUGGAUAAAUGUAGACUCUCAAAACACUAUAAUUGAUGGUGAAGUAUUUGAUUUCAGCACAUAUUAUCUGGGAGGAAUUCCAAUUGCAAUCAGGGAAAGAUUUAACAUUUCUACGCCUGCUUUCCGUGGCUGCAUGAAAAAUCUGAAGAAAACCAGUGGUGUCGUUAGAUUGAAUGAUACUGUGGGAGUAACCAAAAAGUGCUCAGAAGACUGGAAGCUUGUGCGAUCUGCCUCCUUCUCCAGAGGCGGACAAUUGAGUUUCGUUAAUUUGGGCUUACCGCUUACGGACCACCUCCAGGCCUCAUUUGGAUUUCAGACCUUUCAACCCAGCGGCAUGUUAUUAAAUCAUCAGACACGGACAAGUAGCCUGCAGGUCACUCUGGAAGAUGGUCACAUUGAAUUGAGCACCAGAGAUAGCAGUGGCCCAAUUUUUAAAUCUCCACAGACGUAUAUGGAUGGUUUACUGCAUUAUGUAUCUGUAAUAAACGACAACUCUGGACUACGGCUUCUCAUCGAUGACCAGCCUCUGAGAAAUAACCAAAGGCUAAAACGCAUUUCAGGUUCCGUGCAGUCUCUGCGUCUGGGCGGGAGCAAUUUUGAGGGCUGUAUCAGCAAUGUUUUUGUCCAGAGGCUAUCACUGAGUCCCGAAGUCCUAGAUUUGGCCAAUAACUCUCUUAAGAGAGAUGUGUCCCUGGGAGGCUGCAACUUAAACAAACCACCUUUCCUAAUGUUGCUUAAAGGUUCUACCAAGUUUAACAAGACCAAGACUUUCCAUAUCAACCAGCUGUUGCAAGACACACCAGUAGCCUCCCCAAGGAGCAUGAAGGUGCGGCAAGAUGCUUGCUCACUGCUUCCCAGGAUGCAGGCCAAUCAUGGAGCCCUCCGGUUUGGAGACAUUCCCACCAGCCACUUGCUAUUCAAGCUUCCUCAGGAACUGCUGAAAUCCAGGUCACAGUUUGCUGUGGACGUGCAGACAACAUCCUCCAGAGGGCUGGUGUUUCACAUGGGCACUAAGAACUCCUUUAUGGCUCUUUAUCUUUCAAAAGGACAUCUGGUCUUUGCACUGGGGACAGAAAGGAAAAAACUGAGGCUCAAAAGCAAGGAGAAAUGCAAUGACGGGAAAUGGCACACGGUGGUGUUUGGCCAUGAUGGAGAAAAGGGGCGCUUGGUUGUGGACGGACUGAGGGUCCGGGAGGGAAGUUUGCCCGGAAACUCCACCAUCAGCAUCACAGCACCAGUUUACCUGGGAUCAUCUCCGUCAGGGAAACCAAAGACCUUCCCCACAAAUAGCUUUGUGGGAUGUCUGAAGAAUUUUCAUCUGGAUUCAAAACCCUUGGAUACCCCUUCUUCAAGCUCAGGGGUGUCUUCCUGCCUGGGGGGCCCUUUGGAGAAAGGCAUUUAUUUCUCUGAAGAAGGAGGUCAUGUCAUCUUGGCUCACUCUGUGUUGUUGGGGCCAGAAUUUAAGCUUGUUUUCAGCAUCCGCCCAAGAAGUCUCACUGGAAUCCUGAUACACAUCGGAAGUCAGCCGGGGAAGCACUUAUGUGUUUACAUGGAGGCAGGGAAGGUCACGGCCUCUAUGGAGACUGGAGCAGGUGGGACCUCGACGUCGGUCACACCAAAGCAGUCUCUGUGUGAUGGACAGUGGCACUCCGUGGCAGUCACCAUAAAACAACACAUCCUGAGCCUGGAACUGGACACAGAUAGUAGCUUCACAGCUGGACGGAUGCCCUUCCCACCUGCCAGCACUCAAGAACCACUACACCUUGGAGGUGUUCCAGCCAAUUUGACGACACUGAGGCUCCCUGUGUGGAAAUCAUUCUUUGGCUGUCUGAGGAAUAUUCAUGUCAACCACAUCCCUGUCCCCGUCACUGAAGCCCUGGAAGUCCAGGGGCCUGUCAGCCUGAAUGGUUGUCCUGACCAGUAACCCAAACCUAUUUCACAGCUAGGAAAUUCAUCUUCAAAAGCCCUGAUUACCAAAUGCACCUCCCUCCCCAGCUCGAGAUCGUUCUUCACUCAAGACACCAACAAGACAGGUUUAAUAGCAAAUCUAAUUUUGAAUUCUGACCAAGGAUACCCAUCACUUUGACAUUCAGUGCUACAUGUGUAUUUUAUAUCAAAAUCCCUUUUCUUGAAGAUAAAAAAUUGUUAUUCAAAUAUGCACAGAAUGUUUUUGGUAAUAUUAAUUUCCACUAAAAAUCAAAUGUCUUUUAAGAAAUAUUCUUUCUACUUGUUAAAAAAAUUAAAUAUAUUUUAAAGCACUUUAAUAAUAUGAAACUUUCAUAUCUGUUAAAGGGUUAUAAUUUAUGGAUUAAAACAUGCAGUGUAGUCUUUAAA